UUUACAUGAGAUUUUGACAUUCAGAUGCUUUUUAGUUGGACAAUGGUCCAACUAAAGUUAAAAAGUUCCAACCAGCGAAUCACGACUGUAUUAGUUUUCAUUUAACCUUGAUAUAAUACUAUUUACGAUCAUGUUUCUUGAAGUGUAUAGAAAACAAAAUCGGAAUUCAUAUCGAUAAAUCGGCAUAUCUGGCAACAUUAAUCGGCACUGUAUCACAGCAAGUGUCUUUUCCCCCGUUAGCUGAAAUAUUUCACUAAUGCUCCAAACUGUCAAAAUAUCGGUUGACAGUUUCCGCGUUUCGCUUCCAUUAUCAUUUUCUCGCCGACACGAAUCUGUUUACUUUUGUUACUAGACACUUAAAAUAGUAAUUUCGUGAAAAUGUUCGCAUAAACUACCGCUUGUUUCGUAUUGGAAUUGAGUGCGCUAUCAAAACAACACAGAAUCGUUGGACGAAAACAUUGCAUAGUAGCGCAAAAUGUUCUCCAUCUGCAAGCAAACCCACGAAGCAACUGCGGUGGAGUUUUCCCUCACUUGCCAUUUCUUUAACAACAAUGAGAAAUCGCUCGUGACUGGAGGGGCUAACAUCCUCAAGGUCUACCGGUUGAUUCCGGAUGCCGAUCCAAGUACCAGGGAUAAGUUUACCACUGUUCGCCCACCGAACAUGAAGCUGGAAUGUAUGGCCACGUACACGCUAUUUGGCAACAUGAUGUCCAUGCAAUCGGUGUCGCUGGCUGGAUCGCAGCGAGACGCCUUAUUGAUCAGCUUUAAAGAUGCUAAACUUUCGGUCGUUCAGUUCGAUCCGGAUAACUUUGAACUGAAGACGCUGUCGUUGCAUUACUUCGAGGAGGAGGAUAUCAAAGGGGGAUGGACGGGUAACUAUCAUACGCCGAUCGUUCGCGUCGAUCCGGAUAAUCGUUGCGCCGUAAUGUUGGUCUAUGGACGGAAGCUAGUGGUGCUACCGUUUCGAAAGGAUAGUUCGCUGGAUGAGAUCGAAGUGCAGGAUGUGAAGCCGAUGAAAAAGCCUGCGAUGCAGCUGAUUGCAAAGACACCGAUUCUUGCUUCGUAUGUGAUUGAGUUGAAGGAGUCGGAGGAAAGGAUUGACAAUGUGAUCGAUAUUCAGUUCCUGCAUGGGUAUUAUGAACCGACGUUGUUGAUUUUGUACGAGCCGGUGAAAACUUUUCCUGGUCGUAUUGCAGUUCGGUCGGACACCUGCAUGAUGGUUGCUCUGUCACUGAACAUUCAACAGAGAGUACAUCCGGUCAUUUGGACGGUGAACAGUUUGCCGUUUGAUUGUUUGCAAUCGAUUGCCAUCAGUAAACCAAUUGGAGGUUGUUUAAUCCUGAGUGUCAAUGCGUUGAUUUAUCUCAAUCAGAGCGUCCCGCCUUAUGGUGUUAGUCUGAACAGUAUUGCUGACCAUUGUACAAAUUUUCCGUUAAAGCCACAGGAUGGUGUCCGUAUCAGUCUGGAUGGAGCACAGGUUUGUUUCAUCGAACCCGAAAAACUCGUACUUUCACUAAAGGGCGGUGAACUGUACGUGCUAACGAUGUGUGCAGAUUCGAUGCGUAGCGUUCGCAGUUUUCAUUUUAGCAAAGCGGCCGCCAGUGUGUUGACAAGCUGCAUCUGCGUCGUCGAAGAGGAGUAUCUGUUCCUGGGUUCACGGUUGGGUAAUUCGCUUCUGCUGCGAUUUAAAGAGAAAGACGAAAGUAUGGUGAUUACUAUUGAGGAUAACGAAGUUACGGAGAAAGAACCGAAGCGGCAGCGGUUGGAGCAGGAAGAACUGGAAGUGUAUGGUACGGGACAGAAAACCUCCGUGCAGUUGACGAGUUACAUCUUUGAGGUGUGUGAUAGUAUUUUAAACAUUGGCCCAAUCGCUCACAUGGCUGUUGGGGAGCGGGCAACUGAGGAGGAACAAGAAGAAAACAAAGAUAUACUUUAUGUACCGAACAAGCUGGAUUUGGAGAUUGUGACAAGUAGCGGACAUGGCAAAAAUGGAGCGCUUUGUGUGCUGCAAAAUUCGAUAAAGCCCCAGGUUAUUACCAGUUUCGGUUUGUCCGGAUGUUUGGACGUGUGGACCGUCGUGGGAGAUAAAGGUGACGAUAUGCAUACGUUUAUGAUUUUGUCACAAGAAGCGGGAACUAUGGUUCUGCAAACGGGAGACGAAAUUAACGAGAUAGAAAACACGGGAUUUGCGACCAAUGUUCCAACGAUUCAUGUGGGAAAUAUUGGAGCGAAUCGAUUCAUAGUGCAAGUGACUACAAAAUCAAUUCGCUUGUUGCAAGGUACUCGAUUACUGCAGAACAUUCCGAUUGAUUUGGGAUGUCCGCUUGCCGCGGUUUCGAUAGCCGACCCGUACGUAUGCGUGAGAUCGUCGGAAGGCCGAGUAAUUACCCUAGCGCUGCGAGAGGGUAAAGGAACUCCACGAUUGGCAGUCAACAAAAACACAAUUAGUACAACUCCGCCCGUACUCGCUAUUAGCGUGUAUAAGGAUGUUUCUGGUAUGUUUACUACCAAGUAUGAAGAUUACUACGAUGUGUCGAAAGUAAGUGCAGCUUCCUAUUCAAGCGGAUUUGGAUACAUGAAGCCUGAACCGCACAUGAAAAUUGAAGAUGAGGAAGACUUACUCUACGGCGAAACUGGUCGCUCGUUCAAGGUCACUUCAAUGGCGGAUAUGGCAAUAGAAACGAAGAAAAAGAACCCGGAUUUUUGGCGAAAAUUUAUGCAACAGGUUAAAUUAACCUACUGGUUGUUUGCCGUCCGGGACAAUGGAAACUUGGAGAUUUAUUCUAUGCCCGAUUUGAAGCUUGUUUAUCUGAUCACAAACGUUGGCAAUGGGAAUAAAGUGCUUUCGGAUUCUAUGGAGUUUGUUCCGCUCGUUGGUCAAUCAGGAGCGGAUCCCGAUGUAAUACCUGGUAGUUUUACCAGUCCAUAUGGAUUUAACGCCAAUCUACUGCCGAAAGAAAUUCUAAUGGUACCAUUGGGUCACUACGGAUCAAGACCAAUGCUUUUUAUUCGCUUGGAAAACGACCUGCUCGUCUAUCGGGUGUUCCGGUACUCGAAGGGGCAUUUGAAACUGCGCUUCAAACGAGUGCCUUGCGACGUGACAUGUCCAAUUUUCCAUACCAACCUUCGUCAAAGCGCACCAACUGAUCAGGAAGGCGAAAAACAAGACGAGGAGUCGACUAAAAUUUUGUACGAAAACGUUUCGAUGAUUCGUCAUUUUACUAACGUUUCCGGGUACAGUGGAGUAGCUGUCUGUGGCGAGAAGCCGUAUUUCAUAUUUUUGACAUCUCGUGGAGAACUGAGAAGUCAUCGGAUGUACGCCAAAUCAGUUAUGAGAGGAUUUGCUUCUUUUAACAACGUCAAUUGUCCAAAUGGGUUUCUGUACUUCGACCAACAUUACGAAUUGAAAAUUGCCGUCUUUCCAGGGUAUCUUUCAUACGACUCCAUCUGGCCAGUCAGAAAAAUCCCUCUACGCAGCUCUCCCAAACAGAUCGUGUACCACAAGGAGAAUAAAGUGUACUGCAUCGUAAUGGACACGGAGGAUGUCUGCAGCAAAUAUUAUCGAUUUAAUGGCGAGGACAAAGAGCUUACCGAGGAAAACAAAGGCGAGCGGUUUCUGUAUCCUAUGGGUCACAUUUUUUCGGUGGUAUUGGUUACACCUUCGGCCUGGGAAAUAGUUCCGGAAACAUCAAUAAAUCUAGAAGAAUGGGAACAUGUAAUCUCUCUCAAGAAUGUCAGCCUUCCCUUUGAGGGAGCACGAUCCGGUUUAAAAGAGUACAUUGCCGUUGGAACCAAUUACAACUACAGUGAAGAUAUCACAUCCCGCGGAAGGUUGCUGCUGUACGACAUCAUCGAGGUCGUACCGGAACCGGGAAAACCUUUGACCAAAUACAAGCUCAAGGAAGUCAUCGUAAAAGAACAGAAAGGUCCCGUUUCCGCCCUAACACACGUGGCGGGCUUCCUAGUGGGUGCCGUCGGUCAGAAGGUCUACCUGUGGCAGCUGAAGGACGAUGAUCUGGUUGGAGUGGCUUUCAUCGAUACUCACAUCUACGUGCACCAAAUGAUAUCGAUUAAGUCAUUAAUUCUGGUAGCGGACGUGUACAAAUCCAUCAGUCUAAUUCGAUUCCAAGAGGAGUACCGCACCCUGUCGCUGGUUUCACGUGACUAUCAACCACUGAACGUAUACCAGAUCGAGUACAUCGUCGAUAAUAAUAAUCUAGGUUUUCUGGUCACCGAUGAACAAUGCAACAUAAUCACUUACAUGUACCAGCCGGAGUCCCGUGAGUCGAUCGGUGGACAACGUCUGCUGCGGAAGUGUGAUUAUCAUGUGGGUCAAAAUAUCAACACCAUGUUCCGUGUUCAGUGCGAUUAUCACGAGAGUGAUGCAUCAAAGCGGAAUUUAAACUACGAUUUUAAGCACACGACCUAUUUCGCCACUCUAGACGGUGGUGUCGGGUUCGUUCUACCUUUGCCGGAGAAAACCUAUCGACGAUUGUUCAUGUUGCAGAACGUUCUGAUGACGCACAGUCCUCACCUGUGCGGGUUGAAUCCCAAAGCUUAUCGAACUAUUAAAACAGUCCGUAAGUCGAUAAACCCUGCGCGUUGUAUUGUGGAUGGAGAUCUGAUAUGGACCUUCCUGAGUUUACCUGCCAAUGAAAAGCUGGAAGUUGCUAAAAAAAUCGGUACCCGCAUCGACGAAAUCUGUGCAGAUUUAAUGGAAAUUGAAUCAGUGACGCAUACCUUCUAACUUAAAGUUAUUUUCUUUAUUAUACUAUGUAUAAUACAAACAGGUCCCGAGACAACCAGUGUCAA